CAUGCAGUUCUGGGUACUACGCGGAUGGUCCGUCACUGCUAAAAUGCCAGGCGGAUGGGUCCUGGAAUGGCUCCGUUCCGCUUUGUGUGUGCGAUAUACCAGACGCUCCAACUAAUGGAUGGGUAGAAGUUAUUUUAGGCGGAUAUGUGGCCUCCUACAGUUGUGAAGCUGGCUUUACUAUAGAGGGUAAUACUACCAGACAAUGUCAGACUGGUGGUCUGGGCUGGGACGGAGGCCAACCUUCAUGUGUUCAAUGUAGCGAAGUUGAAGCACCAAAUGCGGGAGCGUUGGUUGUAGAAACAGACGGCAUUUCUUCCUACGCGACCAUAACGUGCCAGGGGGGAUUCACGUUGAACGGCCUAGACGUAAUCUCAUGCGACGACAAAGGAUCAUGGGGGUCUGCAGUUCCCGAAUGUGUUUCAUGUGUGGACAUCUUGGCACCCUCGAGUGGUCAUGUGUCUUUCUCUACGAAUGGCAGCGUUACCAUGGCUACCUUUUCUUGUCUAUCCGGUUAUUAUCUCGUGGGAGAAGAAAUAAACACUUGCUCAAAAAAUGGAAGUUGGAUAUACCAAAGACCAUCAUGUGUCUGUGAAACGCCUUCAAAACCCGUUGAUGGUGCAGUGGAUGCGGACGGAUACACGGCGCAUUAUACAUGUGAGCCGGGUUACACUCUGAACGGAGAACCUGUCCGUGUGUGUGCAAACGACGGGUCAGGAUGGAAUGGAACAAAUCCCGUCUGUAAUGCUUGUGACAGUUUACCUUCGCUAACGGGAGGCAGUUUGUCGAUGGUAACAGAUGGAACAAGUACAUCAGCAAUGUACACCUGCAAUACUGGAUAUUCACUCAGCGGAACGACCACCCUGCAGUGCCGGUCUGAUGGCUCGUGGGAUAUACAACCUCCCGAGUGCACGUCUUGCGCUGCCAUCGCACCAGUGGACCAUGGCUCAAUAGAUCUUUCUUCAAACGGAAGUCACACUUGGGUGGAGUACUCGUGCAAUCUUGGAUUCUCUUUGAAAGGGUUUCAAAUAAGUACCUGCCGUCCAAGCGGGGAUUGGGACUUUGUAGCGCCGAUCUGUGUGCAGUGCGACGACCUACCAGAUGUCAGUAGCGGAUUUUACUUCAUGUCUACGACCGGCAUAGAAACGACAGUGAGUUAUUCCUGCGCCUCCGAAUAUCAUUUACAGGGAGACGCUUCUCGCACAUGCGGAUCCGACGGCACCUGGGAUAGCAAUGAGCCAACAUGCGUGUGCAAUAGUAUUGGAGCUCCAGCAAACGGUAGCUCAGUUGUGUCAGCGGACGAUCGGCUCACAACGUUCACCUGUGACGUAGGUUUCACGUUGAAGGGCGACACCGUAUUAGCCUGUGGAGAGGACUCUUCUGGCUGGAACGGAACAACGCCUUUUUGUGAGGCAUGCGCAGAGUUUCCAAUGGUCAAUGGCGGAAGCUACAAUGUUUCCACUGACGGAAGCACCUCUAAAUUAAUUUUCCAAUGUGAUGUUGGUUCAACUCUUAGUGGAGACAGCGAUAUCCAGUGUGGAGAAGAUGGAGUCUGGCAGAUCGCCACAGCGCCAACAUGCGUCGAAUGUCCAGCACUGUCUCCAGCAGAAAAUCAGAGUAUUUCUAUAACCACAGACGGAAUAACCACUUUCGCAUGGUUUACAUGUGACUUGCAUUACAGUCUUGUAGGACACCACGUCAUCGGAUGUACAGAAGAAGGGCAAUGGAAUGCUAGCAGUCCAUCUUGCGAUCUGUGCCCAAGUCUGUUGGAACUAGACGCAGGUUUUGUUGCGUACAACUCCGACGGUGUGGUUACCCGUGCAACAUUCAGCUGCGUUGAUGGAUAUCACUUGAACACGAAUGAAAUUAUUGAAUGUGCCUCGGGAGUAUGGCAAGACCAAGCACCUACUUGUGUAUGUGAAGCACAGUCAAUACCAGAGCACGGCAAUAUGACACUAUCGGAAGACCUGAUGGUGGCAACAUUUACUUGUGACUUGGGUUACAUUCUCGUUGGAAGUUCCAAUUCUGUUUGUCAGUCAGACGGCACUGGUUGGAAUAAUGUUCCGCCAAGUUGUAAGCUUUGUGCUGAUAUACCAGCUAUAGAAUCGGGUUCAGGACUUCUUUCAACUGACGGAUUACAAACAACAGUUACAUUUCAAUGUGAAGCCGGUUCUUCUCUUAGUGGCGCUAAUACAGCACAAUGUGGGAUAGACGGAACGUGGUCUAUCGAAGCACCGAGUUGUGUAACAUGUCCAACGCUAAAUGCUCCCGAUAGCGGCAGUUUUGUCUUGGUUACUGAUGGUAUGGUAACGAGGACAGAAUAUUCGUGUGUUGAUGGUUACUACCUGGACGGGAACAGUUCACGUGAAUGCCUGUUGUCAGGAUCUUGGACGGGAGUUCAGCCCAAAUGCCGCUGCAUUUUACCGUCGAACCCAGUAAACGGUGCAGUCGAAUAUGGCAACAGCAGCGAUAACCUUGACACUGCUGUGCAUAGCUGUUCGGCAGGUUUCUCAUUGUACGGAGAUGGAUUACGGUAUUGCCAAUCAGACGGAUCAGGAUGGAACGGAACUGCACCUACCUGCGUCACAUGUUCAACCAUUGCCACCGUGUCUGGCGGAAGCGUAAGCUUAAAAACUGACGGCGAAACCACCUCGGCUACUUUUACAUGCGGGGAAGGGUACACGCUAACGGGUGAAGCAGACAUCGUCUGCAGAAAUGACGGAUCUUGGGACUUUCAGGCCCCUGAAUGCGCACCAUGUUUCGCUCUGGCUCAACCUACUGGAGGUAUUCUACAAUAUACGACAGACGGCGCAGCCACAAAUGCCGGAAUUACCUGUAACAACGGUUACACCCUUCUUGGAGCACAGAAUCUUACCUGCCGUGCAGAUGGUUCAUGGAAUUUUCAGCCGGGGACAUGUGUGAAAUGUCCUGACCUUGAGGACAUUAGCAGUGGCGUUUUAUCAAUGUCAACGGACGGAUCUGUUUCCGUAGCAGAUUACGUUUGUGCAUCUGGAUACGAUUUGGAUGGACUCAGUGAAAUAGUUUGCCUUACCGACGGUUCCUGGUCGGACCAACCCCCUGUUUGCAAAUGUGAAUCUCCGCCCCAAAUAUUACACGGCACUUAUACAAUCUCCAGCGACGGACAGACUGUCACCUACAGUUGUGAAAGUGGCAGCGCUUUGGUCGGCAACACCUCCCAGAUGUGUGACACCGCGGGAGCAGGCUGGCUUGGCACUCAACCGGAGUGUUUCGUCUGUGAUUCACUGACAAACCUUGCAAAUGGUUUUAUAAAUCUCACUACGGAAGGUCGAACAACGUCGGUUGUAUUUACAUGUGAAGUUGGGAACACUUUAGCAGGAGCUUCUGUUGCUUCGUGUCAAUCCGAUGGCACAUGGGAUAUACAGCAACCAUCGUGUGUAUCCUGUUCUGGAUUAAGUGUGAUAGGCAACGGGACUAUGACGAUGAGUUCCAAUGGCACUUUGACGCUAGCGAAACACACAUGUGACCUUGGUUUUACACUGGUAGGGACAGACACACUUGUGUGCUCUGAAUCUGGAUCUUGGUCAUCUAGUCAGCCGGUUUGUGUUGCAUGUCAGCAGCCAACUAUUUUGGAAAACGGUAACUUUGUGAUAAGUACCGAUGGGCAACAGACAACCGCAAACUAUUCGUGUCAAUCUGACUAUACCCUCGUUGGAGACGACGUCCAGUAUUGUGGAAAUGAUGGCUCAUGGACGGUCAACAUGCCUACUUGCGUUUGUUCUACCUUUCACACGCCGACAAACGGAGACAUUGAAAUAUCCGAUGCCGGAACUACGGCAACGUACACAUGUGGCGAAGGGUAUACGCUAAGCGGAGUAGCGCUCCAACAAUGUGGAAGUGUUGAGGAUGUACUGGCCGGAAACUCAUCUCCUUCUUGUGUAACUUGCUCAACGCUGGAUUACGUUUCUGGGGGUAAUGUGAAUAUUUCCACCGACGGCGUCACGACAACAGCAACGUUUACGUGCGAAGAUGGGUAUACGUUACAGGGAGACUCGGAGAUCACCUGCCGGAGUGAUGGAUCAUGGGACCUGCAGGCUCCAGAGUGCGUGUCAUGCAGCUCUCUAACUCAGCCAUCGGACGGUUCUCUAAGUUAUUCCACGGAUGGGACAGUUUCAACGGUUACUAUUUUAUGUGACGUUGGAUCAACUUUGAAUGGUGCACAGAAUCUUACAUGCCGCUCAGAUGGGUCUUGGAAUAUUCUGCCUGGAACAUGUGUGAAAUGCCCAAGCCUUCAAACCCCUGACAGUGGCACGCUUUCCAUUAUGACGAAUGGUUAUGUUACCAUGGCAACCUAUGCAUGCAAUUCUGAGUACUAUCUUGAUGGAUCAAGUGACAUAGUUUGCCAGACCGACGGAACAUGGUCUGAUCAACCACCUGUUUGCAAAUGUGAAGCUCCGCCCUCAAUACAGAACGGAUCCUACUCAAUCUCCAGUGACGGACAGACUGUUACUUACAGUUGUGAUGUUAGCAGCGCAUUGGUCGGAAACGUGUCACGGAUAUGUGACUCCGAGGGAACAGGCUGGCUAGACACACAACCUGAGUGCGUCGUCUGCGACUUGCUAUCAAGCAUAACCAAUGGUGCUGUCAAUCUCAAUACGGACGGUGAAACUACGUCAGCUACCUUUACAUGUGGUGUUGGUCAUACUCUAGUUGGUGAUGCUGUUGCCUCUUGUUCACCGGACGGCUCUUGGGAUCUUCAACAACCAAUAUGUGUGUCCUGCCCUGAAUUAAAUACAAUAGACAAUGGGAGCCUAUCCAUGAGCUCCAAUGGCACUGUGACAAAGGGAGAGCACAGAUGUGAUCUUGGUUUCACCCUAGUUGGAACAGCUAUUCUUUCGUGUUCUGACUCUGGAGUGUGGUCAUCCAGUCAACCGUUUUGUGUUACAUGCCUACCACCAGCUGUUGUUGAGAACGGUAACUUUACGAUACGUUCAAACGGACUCGAAACAAGUGCGAUAUACUCUUGUGAUGCCGACUAUACACUCGUAGGAGACGAAGUUUUGUAUUGUGCAAGUGACGGCUCUUGGGCAGGCAACAUUCCUGUUUGCGUAUGUUCGUCCUUUCAAAUGCCGACAAAUGGAGGCAUUCAAAUAUCUGCUGACGGCACGACUGCAACGUACACCUGUGGUGAUGGAUAUGCGCUCAAUGGACAGACGAUGCAACAGUGUGGCAGUGUCGAGGACUUAUUGUCUGGAAGCCUACCUCCAACAUGUGUACCUUGCUCGACAUUGGACUUCGUUUCCGGUGGAUCAGUAAAUAUUUCUACUGACGGCGUAACAACGAUGGCAAGUUUUACAUGCGGUGAGGGAUACACGCUACAGGGAGACUCAGAUAUUUCCUGUCGGAGCGAUGGAUCCUGGGAUUUCCAAGCUCCCGGGUGUGUUUCGUGCAAUCCUCUGACGCAGCCGGCGGGCGGAACGCUAAGUUACUCAACAGAUGGUACGGUGACUGAGGUAUCUGUGUUGUGUAACACUGGAUACAGUUUGAAUGGUGCAAGGAAUCUUACAUGUCGAGCAGAUGGAUCUUGGAAUCUCAAACCUGGAGUGUGUGUUUCUUGCCCAACCCUGACCGACCCAUACAGUGGUACAGUUGAUUUAGAAACGGAUGGUACAACCACCAAGGCUACGUAUAUGUGUGCUGCUGGCUACUAUUUGGAUGGAACGGACAGCCUUACCUGCCAAACCAACGGAUUUUGGUCAGACGUGGCUCCUAUUUGCAAGUGUGAAGAACCACCCGUUUUAAACCUCGGAAGUUUUAACAUAUCUGUGGAUGGGCUAAUGGUGACUUACAGUUGUGAAGUGGGUAGCUCCAUGUUCGGCGAUACUUCACAGAUGUGUGACACCGCAGGGGCAGGCUGGCUGGGAGAACAGCCGGAGUGUUCUACAUGCGAUCCAUUGGGCUCUGUUCAAAACGGAACAUACCACUUUACCACUAAUGGUGAGGCGACAUUGGCGACUUUCACUUGCGAUGUAGGAAACACUGUAUCCGGAGUAUCCGUCACCACCUGUCUCAGCGAUGGCUCUUGGGAUCUGCAAGUGCCAACCUGUGUGUGUUCAUCAUUCCAAUCUCCCUUGAACGGCGAUCUGAAGAUCUCGGAGAACGGAACAGGCGCCAUAUAUACCUGUGCAGAGGGAUUCUCUCUCAGUGGAGAGGCACAACAAGUCUGUGAAACUGUUGAUGCUCAGCUUGCCGGCAACGACCCACCGACUUGUGUGGGGUGUGCGACGCUCCAAGCAACCAACGCAUUUACUAAUGCCAGUACGGAUGGGUUGACGACCGUCAUGGAAUUUACUUGUGAUGUCGGUUACACUUUGGUCGGGUCAUCUAGUACACAGUGCCGUAGCGAUGGUUUAUGGACAAAUGACCCGCCUUCUUGUGCAAGAUAA